GAGAGAGAGAGAGAGAGAGAGAGUGGAAAGCGACACGAGCGAACCUUGACCGUGAGUCCGCGUUUAGGCCUUUCCGUGGGACGACCUAUUAACCGAUCUAUUCCGGUCCCUGCCGGCGGUCGCGACGCGCCGUCGUGUCGCAUUCUUCCGAGCGGCGACGCGUACAGUGCAAAGUGAAUUCUAUGCGCGAGAGAUCGCGAAGAAGCCGUGGCUAAUUCUCGCGCGCGAAAAGGGAGCAGCCGGGAGGACCCUCGGGGCCUGGAAUCCGUCGUCACGAGUGGAUCCCGCGAGUGCGUCGACCGUCGAGCAAACGUCGGGGACACCACCGGUGCGCGUCAACUCGGCGAUUCCUCUCCCGGAUCGCCACGGCUGCCAGUUUCCAACGGACCUCGCGGACGCAGCCCUCCGCGAGUAGAGAAGACGGCGAGGCACGGAGAGACGCUUUUAAACCGAUGAGAUGACAGUGCUGUGCGUGUUGUGGGCGACUCUGUCCACCGUGGCAUCGAUCCUCGCCUGUUCCGGAUUUUACCUGCCUUAUUGGAUUCAGGGACGACUGCUGGGCAAGGCAGACGCGUACUUUGGUUCCUUUCGACGCUGCAACUAUCCGCGGAUAAGGGCGCCGAACGCGGCUCCCGAAAUAGUUUACGAGUGCGCCAGAUACUCCAGCUUCUGGGACAUUCCGAGCGCCUGGUGGCAGGCGAGCACCGUCACCAUGGGAAUCGGCGUCGCGAUCGCGGUGAUCGGCGCGCUCACGCUGCUCGCCGCUGCCUCCAGCUUCCUGCCGCACAUACUGAAAACGCCCAAGCACACCAGAGUCCUGGGUUCUCUGCAGCUGCUCGCUGCGGUGAUGAUAUGCGGCGGCCUGGUGAUGUACCCCAUAGGAUGGGACAACCGGGAGGUGCGGGAGUCCUGCGGGAAGGGUGCUAACGUGUACAAUCUCGGAAAGUGUUCCGUGUCAUGGUCGAGCCACCUGCUGGUAGGCUCGGUGGCGCUGUUAAUGCUGUGCUUUGGCCUGAGCUUCUGCGCCGCACGACACAAGCCGUCCAACCCACACACCGAUCCUCUGCGCAUUUGACAAUCGAGAUACUCGCAAUCGAUUCACGCCUACGCCUCGCCGAAGACGACCACCCUCUCCUUCGUCACGGUCUGUUGAUCGUGAGCUCGACGAGCACAUCGAAAGGACAAGCACGAACCUCUGCGUUCACCCGGGUAUGCCAGCCACCGCGCGUCACGCGUGUCACGCGCGUCACUGCGUCCAUUCUGGCGCUUACGCACCUACCGCGUCGUCUCGCACUCUACUUACUACUCGCCAACCGAAUCUUUGUGUCUGUAGCGUAGCGUUAGCUCCGCUGGACGGUUGUCGCGUUCCGAAACCGUGUUAGACGGUCCCACGCAACACGCCCCGUCGCCUCAACCACUCGCCCCUUCCCGUCUCGUUUCGCGUUCAAAGGAGGAAACCGCGCGACGACGUACGCGUUCCGAAGGCAGAGGAAUUCCGACGCAAAGCCAACCGCGGCGUCGCGAGCAAAUUCCGCGAGGAAGAUCGACUCGCGUCCGUGACGCUGGAACGCGCGCGAUUCCGCGUCGGAUAUCUCAUUUCCCUCUCUCGGCUCUCCGUCAAAGAUAGCCGCAAUGUUUCGUUCGACGACGACGAGGUUUCGACGAACGCUGCGGGAAUGCGCUCGACAGGUAAAACUCGGACUCGGGGCAGAGCUGUUUACG